GUCUGCAAGCAGCCAGCCAAAGUGUAUGAUCGACCGCAUAUAUUUAAUAAUCGUCGAGGUUUACUCGUUGUUAACACAAAUUAACAUUACCAUUUUAAAUUCUGGUGUUGUAGCGUGAACGCGUUUCUCUGACGAAACGUACAAUUAUCGUUUUUUUCUUUUUUACUCUUCAUCAAUUUUACCGAACCGAAAAUUUUCUAUCGAUAUCUGUUUUUUUCUUCCCAUUGUUGUUGCGAUACAUUUCGAAUUUGACAAAAAAAAAACCAUCGGAGAUAUUCGCAUGUAGAGAUUGUUUGAUUUGUAUUUAUUGCAUGUGAUUUCAUAGUUUGGCUUCUAAAAGAUCGGCGACCGUUGAACGUUGAGGAUACAAUAGAAUUUGUGAUUUAACCUCUAAGUCUUAGGUGUAGAAAUCGAAGCCGUAUAAGGAUUUAGACCAAAAAAAAACAAAACUAAACUCAACGACCCACAAAAAAAAAGCCUGAAAAAUCGCAACGAAAUAAUCAAACCAACCAGCAACGACAACAACAAAAAAAACACAUAGCAAAUAUGAAGAAUUUACUAAUAGUAGCAACAAGUGCGCUGUGUGUAUUACUAGCAGUUGCAGUUCCGUUGCCCGAACAAGAUGUGCAACUCGUACAGAUUCCGUUAGAAGGAAAUAAGGAAUUAGAUAUUUUAUCACUGCCCGAAAACAGUCAAGGUGAACUUACAGAACGAAACAAGCGAACGAUCGGAGUGCUACGUCAACUAUUUCCCGAACUAUCAAAGAUGACAAACCAAGAUGGAAAUGGUGACGUCGAUUUAGUCGCAUUAUCUGAACGAUUGGAGUCAUUCAAUCGCGUCGUUCGAAAUACAGCGGCACAGGCAAAAGAACAACCAGCCGCAGAAAGCAAGUCCGAUAAAGUUGAUGCAACCGAUGCAAACACGAUUGCAACAGCCGCCAACAAAGAAGAUAACACCGUAGCCGGAUCCGAUAACACUGAUUCCAAAGCGCCGGGCAUCGAUGAACUCACACUCGACGAUGAACCAGCUAACGAUGAAGAUCGCAACAAACGAUUCUUGAGCUUUGGAUUCGGUGGAUCUGGUUCAAAUGGUUCCGGUGGUUCUGGCAACUUCCUCUUCGAUAUCAUCCGUCGUACAGCUGAUCGAGCUGCUAGAGCAGCAGGAACAAUAUAUCGUGUAGCAGCCGGCACCGAAUCGUUUGACCUAGAUAUCAACAAACAGGCGACAAGUUCAACAGAUGAUGACACGGACUUUGACCACAACAAUGACGACAACGACUCCACGUCGCGCAAAUUAAGCGCCGGAAAUGAUAACGGGUUAGUAGGCGGUUCAGCUGGUACGGAACAAACUGAUGAAAGAGAAAAUGCACCGGAAGGUGAAGCCACUGUUGCCAAGAGCGCCGAUGGAUACACAGAAGGUAUCCCAGGCCCAGUCACACGUCUCUUUGUAUUGGCCAAUCGAGGACUUGCCAAUCUCAUUCAAGAUUUGAUUCUGCGAAUCGCUCAAACAAGUGAACGAGUUGUGAACUUCAAGGCUCGACUAAUAACAUCAUUGAUCUAAGCAAACUGCCAAAUAAACAAUGACGCCGUAACACCGACAUACACGACGAAUUUAUUUUCAUGGAUCACCAUAACGAAAUUCAACCAAUGAGAACAGAAUCUAGAGAAGAAAAAAAAAACAAAAAACAGAACAAAAGAAAACUUACGAACGCCACACGCAAAAAUUCGUUCCAAAUGAUCAAAUGCGCAUGAACAUCACAAGAUCAUACUUUUCUAUGGAACGAACAAAAGAACUAUCCACGCGAAGAUUUUUUGUUAAGACAUUUCAUAAUUUAUUGAAUAUUUAAAGAAAAAAAUUGCAAAAAAAAACGAGGAAAAAAUUUUCAGCUGUUCUAUCGAAUCGAACACGUUUUGGUUUCGCUUGCUAUCUCGAAAUUCUUCAAUUUAAUUUAUUUCAACUGUCAUGCUUUUCUGCUCUCUUCACUUCGAAUUGCUUUUUUAUUACUAUCAAACAUGCAACAAAUGCGAUCACCAUGCGGAAAAUCAAUCUGAAUAAUCAACAAUUUGGCGAACAAAUUGAUGCAAAAUUCAAUCCAAGACAAUCAAAAUUCCCGUUAGGUGGUCGCAUUUUAUUUUGGCUAUCAACAACAAAAGCAAAACGCUGGAAUAUUUUUUCCACUCAAAAUGUUCAUAAACCCCCUUCUUUGUGACUAACGACGCUAUCUUCUUUCUUCACACGUAUCUAUAUCUAUCGCAGAAUUUCCACUAUUUUCUACUAAUUUGAAGUAAAAUUUGAAGGCAGACACAAUUUUAGAUUCGAAUUUGGAUAUUAUCGAAAACCACAAUAGUAAAAAAGAAGAAGUAAUUUGUGUGUUCUUUCUUUAACAUUAGCUCUAAAUAAAUGCCUAUCAUUUGACUGUGUUUUGUAAGUUUGUUUAUGUGAUUAGAGACAUAUGGAUUGAAAAGUUUAAUAUAUUUUAUUAGUUGGAACAGAAUUGUUUUUGAAAUGACCGUAAUUUUUUUUUUAGAUAGUUAAAUGUGGUUUGGGUAGCGAAAAUAUUUCAUUAAAAAAAGAAAAGAAUUACCUCGGAUUUGCUUCGAGAAUGCCGAGGCAGAAACACUUCGUCAAAUUCGAUUUGAUGCGAUGAUUUGCCGGCGACUCGAAGCGCAUUUUUCUACAUUUCAAUUAUAAACACAGAACACAUAUCUUUGUCUAAUCACUAUUACGAGCGUCCAAUUAGGUAUCGUCAUUUCGGUUGGCUGAUAAAACAGAAAUAUCAUGAAAGCGGUGAAACAAACAAACGUUCAUUUAUGCCAUCAAAAUCGCGAAUUUGCAAGGCGAGAAUCCGAAUAGAAGCAAGGCAAUGUAAAUUGUGUAUCGAUAUAGAAACUUAUAUUGUUUAAGUUUUUUAUUUGCUGUAUAGAGAUAAAUUGGAAUAACGAUGCGAAAUUGUUUACCAUUAUUUUUUAAAAAACUUUUAUUUAGCGACAAAAACCACCGAAUGCUAAAGAUUGCCGAUUAGAAUUCGGUUUGUAAUAGAUUUGAUUCGAAAGAAAUUCGCCCAACACUAUCAUUAUUCAGAGGAACCAGAAAAAAAUUAAAUUUAAAUCAAAUUAACUUUAAUAUUGGAUUAUUUACAACAAGCAAAAAAAAAAUUGUUCUUGGAAAAACAACAACCACAUACAAAAGUAAAUUGUCAAAAGUAGUUGAACUUCAUCUCAAGUCGGGAUAAAAUAUACGUUUGAAUGGUGUUGACAUAUACAAGUGCGAUGAAAUUUAUCCCGAAAGUGGAUGUCAGCACCUAUAAAUGUAUGGUUUAUCCUGACUUGCGAUAAAGUUUAACUACUUGCUUUUGUGUGUGCAACAAAAAAAAAGCAUGAGAAGGAAUCUGUUAGGACUGUAAAGUUGCUGCGCAAAUGAAAAUAAAAAAAAAACAGAAGAGAAUUAGGACAUUCGAUCAUCCAAUCUUAUAUAAUUUAAUUUCGAAUUAUGAUCUUUUUGUAAAUACAAAGUCUUUUCUAUUUCUUCUUUCUAUUGUAAUUAGAGAAUUAUGUAAAACAUCGAACAAAAAAUAAAAUGAAAGGAAUCAAUAAAAAAAUAUAAAGAAA